AUGCUGCCCGGGGUCGGUGUCUUCGGCACGGGCAAGCUGUUGGAGGCAGUGGUGCCCCACCUGCGCUCCCUGGGCUUCCGCGUGGUGGCGCUGUGGGGUCAGACUUUAGAAGAUGCCGGCAAUGUGGCAGGCUCGCUGCACAUCGACUACUUCACCAGCCGGAUCGAUGACGUGCUGCUGCACAAGGACGUGGACCUGGUGCUGGUCCUCUCGCCGCCCAGCCUGCAGUCGCAGAUCGCCGUCAAGGCCAUGGGCAUCGGCAAGCACGUAGUGUGCGACCGGCCGGCUGGCCUCUGCCAGUCAGAGCUGCUCAAGAUGGUGCUGGCGGCGCAGUACUACCCGUCGCUGCUCUCCGUGGUCGGCUACGGUUUGCGCUACCUGCCGGCCGUGCGCCAGCUGCGCCAGGCCGUGCGCGACGGCUACGUGGGCGACGUGCGCCUGGUGGAGGUGCGCGUCACGUGCGGCAGCUUGCUGGAGGGCGCUGGCUACAGCUGGCUCUGCGAGCCGGCCAUGGGUGGCGGCCUGCUCUCGCUGAUCGGCAGCGGCGUGGUCGACCUGGUCAGCCACGUGAUCGGGCAGCGGGCGCGCCGCGUGCACGGCACGCUGCGCACGUACACGCGCCAGACGCGCCUGAUCGCCGGCAUCCGGCACGUGGGCAGCGACGACUUCUGCACCUUCCAGAUGGAGAUGGACGGCGGCGCGCUGGUGACGGUGUCGCUGAACGCGCACCUCUCGGGCCUGCAGCAGGAGGUGGUUGUCUGCGGCGACUGGGGCCACCUGACGGACGGCCAGUACGUGGCCGCCGUGCUGGAGGCGGUGCGCGUCUCGGCCGCCACGCAGGCCUGGACCCAGGUGAAUAUCCGCUCCCGGAUGCUCGAGACCAACUACCUGGGUAUGGCGCUGAAGGCGGCCGACGCGUAG